AUGGCCUCCGCGUUCGGCUUCAGUGUUGGCGACUUUAUAGCAGUCGCUACGUUGAUAUGGAAUCUUUCUCAGGCGUUGAGCGAGACCUCUGAAGACUCGCAACUCUUUCGGGAGAUUCAGCUCGAGCUCUCCACCCUUCAUGACGUCGUUGUUCAGUUCCAGUAUGUAGUGACGAACAAUACACUUCCGUCACAGGAGCAUGUCGACAGAACGAAACGGCUUCUUGUGCAAAUCGAGCGCUUGAUGAAGGAUUUCCAUCGGCAUAUUGAUAAGUACAAAAGUGUCCGUGUCGGUUCUGUGCAUCAGAAUGGGACGAGGGGAAUUGGUAGUCUGAGGAGAAAGGUACAGUGGACAUUAUUUGGCAAAAAGCAGAUCCAACAAUUCAGGGAGCCUAUCCAAAGUUAUACAGCAGCUUUGGCGCUUCUUAUGCAAUCUUCGGCUAGCCAGAUGGUGCAAGAUCUCCAGGAACAGGUGCAAGCUGGGUCACACAAUCUCGAUGUUCGGAUACGAACCGGUACCGAGCAGUUAAAGUUGCAGAUCAAUGAGUUGCAGGAGCCCUGGGACCAGAAGCCGGUUCGGUUCCAGGAUGCUAUCGGGAGACGGUAUCCUGUGCCGCUGGAAGUGUGUGAAAAAUUUGAGGGCUUCAUGGACUUCCUUAAACAUGCUUUCAGAGAUAAUCCGAUAAGGGCAGUUGUCCGUCACCAAUCAAUCUGGCUUUUCAGCCCUGUUAUGGGAAAGCCGAAGACGUGGAAUCUAAUCACAGCUGAGACAUGGCAGUCGUUCGUACGCCCUGGAACGCAGCUUAGCAUGUCUGUAUCAGCGAAUGCGAGGAUAUCCGGAAACACGAACGAAGAGAAUAGUGAGGUAAAAUUCCAAACACCACUACCGCCUUGGGCAUCAGCAGUGUAUCCUGAGGAUGCGCAUUUUAAACUUCUAGUGCCGCCGAAAAAGCCGAACCCCUCAAGCCGGAACAAUAAUCAACAUCUAACACGGAAUCAGGGACUAACAAAGACAGAUGCACCAGAUAAUCAACUCCUUUUACCCAACUAUCCAUGUCCGAACAAGGGCAGCUGCGGAAAGACCUUCGAAAGCCAGACAGAACUCAAAGAGCACUUGGAGCCCGAACUAUUCUCACCAAACUCACUAGAACCCUUCCUGGUGGAAGGAUACACAUGGCCGAGACUCUCUGCGCUACAAUGUCUUCGAUGUGCCUCCUUAAUUCGCCCAUCUAAUCAUCGCACGGGACCAAACCCCGCAAAGACUGCGGAGGAAGCAUUCUCUGAAGGCCUCAACCUGCAAGAGACCCUAACAGGCUCCCGCAAGGGUCUGGCGUGGUGUAUCGCAAACCUCGUCACCAAAGACGAGCUGGAAACUGAGCUACGCUGCCCCUACCCCUGUGGUGGUUGGAAGGGGAAAAUCGGAGACCAAGUGAGUCCGAUAUACUUAGCUGCGACAAAUGGAGAUCUGAAAGUCGUCGAGCUCCUGCUUCGGGAUGGUGCUGAUAUUAACAAUUUGCAAGGGGUAGAAUGUGGGACACCGCUGAUGGCUGCAGCGAGGGUAGGCUGCGAAGAUAUUGUGGACCUGCUUCUCAACAAAGGUGCUGAUGUUGAUGCACAACAUGGGAAUGAGUGUACUGCGUUGUAUCAUGCCGCAUAUGCAGGUCACAAAAGCAUUGUAGAGCAACUCUUAGCCCACGGCGCAGACAUCAAUAUCCAUCUCAAGCGGCAGUGCUUUAAGACUGUUCUCCAGGGAGCAGCAAGUGCGGGACAUGAGGACAUUGUCAAAAUACUCCUUACAAAAGGCGCCGAUGUCAAUGCGCAACGAUUCGACGGCACAGCGCUGCAUGUAGCAGCAGCUCAAGGACACCAGGGAAUCGUCGAACAACUUCUAGCCAACGGCGCCAGGGUCAAUAUGGACCUCGAACCCAACGUCUAUAAGACAGUACUCCAGGGUGCGGCGCGUGCAGGUCAUGAGGAUAUUGUCAAGCUGCUCCUUGACAAAGGAGCUGAUAUCAACGCGCGCGGUGGAAAUAACGAAACGUCACUCUUUGCAGCGUCGAGCGCAGGCCAUGAAGAGGUUGUUGAGCUUCUACUACUUAGAGGUGCUGAUCCAAAUAUACCCGUUGACAAUUAUUACGGUCUGGGAACAGCACUACAGGCUGCGGUUUGGGAGGGUCAUCAGAGGACUGUGGAAAAAUUGCUCAACAGCGGCGCUGAUAUGCAGGCUAAUUAUGGGAAACGUGGUGACGCUCUUCAGAUUGCUUCGCGCCAGGGGAAUGAGCAGAUGGUGAACCUUCUCCUUGGAAAGAGUGCGCGGACAGUGUGA